AUGUCCCAGGCUCCUCUAUGUGCUUGGAAAUACUUCAUCUCCCAGCAUGCCAAUCUGCCAUUCCUUCGAGCGUCAGCGCUCUUGCAGGUAAACCCCGCCCCACGACACAAAUCACUUCACCAGCCCAGGACGCCACGCCCAGCCAAGGCCCCGCCCACAGAUCGCAAGGCACCUAGCUCAUACCGUGGAGCCCCGCCCCCUGGUGAAGCCACGCCCAUCACCGCAGGCCCGCCAGCCGCUCCCUGUCCUCGAGCUGUCAGAAGCCGAACCAUGGCGCAUCAGACCGGGAUCCACGGUACAACCCGCUCUCUGUAUCCUCUGUCCCUCCCCCCCGCCUGCCGGCCAUAGCUAGCUCAACAUAGAGAUAGGGAUAGAUUGCUGAACUGCUCUGCCAAUAGCUAGAUCUCCAUCUAUAGCUCUCUAUACACAGCGCUAUCCGUCUAUACACAGCUAUCUAUCUAUAUACACAGCUAUCCCUCUACAUACAGCGUUAUCCCUCUAUACACAGCUAUCUAUCUAUAUACACAGCUAUCCCUCUACAUACAGCGUUAUCCCUCUAUACACAGCUAUCUAUCUAUAUACACAGCUAUCCCUCUACAUACAGCGUUAUCCCUCUAUACACAGCUAUCUAUCUAUAUACACAGCUAUCCCUCUACAUACAGCGUUAUCCCUCUAUACACAGCUAUCUAUCUAUAUACACAGCUAUCCCUCUACAUACAGCGUUAUCCCUCUAUACACAGCUAUCUAUCUAUAUACACAGCUAUCCCUCUACAUACAGCGUUAUCCCUCUAUACACAGCUAUCUAUCUAUAUACACAGCUAUCCCUCUACAUACAGCGUUAUCCCUCUAUACACAGCUAUCUAUCUAUACACAGCGCUAUCCGUCUAUAGACAGUGCCUAUAGCUUUAUACACAGCGCUAUCUAUCUAUAGGCAGUGCUUAUAGCUUUAUACACAGCGCUAUCCAUCUAUAGGCAGUGCCUAUAGCUUUAUACACAGCGCUAUCCGUCUAUAGACAGUGCCUAUAGCUUUAUACACAGCGCUAUCCGUCUAUAGACAGUGCCUAUAGCUUUAUACACAGCGCUAUCCGUCUAUAGACAGUGCCUAUAGCUUCAUACACUGCGCUAUCCGUCUAUAGACAGUGCCUAUAGCUUCAUACACUGCGCUAUCCGUCUAUAGACAGUGCCUAUAGCUUUAUACACUGCGCUAUCCGUCUAUAGACAGUGCCUAUAGCUUUAUACACAGCGCUAUCCGUCUAUAGACAGUGCCUAUAGCUUCAUACACAGCGCUAUCCGUCUAUAGACAGUGCCUAUAGCUUUAUACACAGCGCUAUCCGUCUAUAGGCAGUGCCUAUAGCUUUAUACACAGCGCUAUCCGUCUAUAGGCAGUGCCUAUAGCUUCAUACACAGCGCUAUCCGUCUAUAGGCAGUGCCUAUAGCUUUAUACACAGCGCUAUCCGUCUAUAGGCAGUGCCUAUAGCUUCAUACACAGCGCUAUCCGUCUAUAGGCAGUGCCUAUAGCUUCAUACACAGCGCUAUCCGUCUAUAGGCAGUGCCUAUAGCUUUAUACACAGCGCUAUCCAUCUAUAGGCAGUGCCUAUAGCUUUAUACACAGCGCUAUCCAUCUAUAGACAGUGCCUAUAGCUUUAUACACAGCGCUAUCCAUCUAUAGGCAGUGCCUAUAGCUUCAUACACAGCGCUAUCCAUCUAUAGGCAGUGCCUAUAGCUUCAUACACAGCGCUAUCCAUCUAUAGGCAGUGCCUAUAGCUUUAUACAUAGGCAGCCUAUAGCUUCAUACAGUAUAGGCAGUGCUAGCUUUAUACACAGCGCUGGCAGUGGCUAUAGCUUCAUCCGCUAUCAGUAUAGCGCUAUCCGUAUAGGCAGUGCCUAUAGCUUCAUACACAGCGCUAUCCGUCUAUAGGCAGUGCCUAUAGCUUCAUACACAGCGCUAUCCGUCUAUAGGCAGUGCCUAUAGCUUCAUACACAGCGCUAUCCAUCUAUAGGCAGUGCCUAUAGCUUUAUACACAGCGCUAUCCAUCUAUAGGCAGUGCCUAUAGCUUUAUACACAGCGCUAUCCAUCUAUAGGCAGUGCCUAUAGCUUUAUACACAGCGCUAUCCAUCUAUAGGCAGUGCCUAUAGCUUCAUACACAGCGCUAUCCAUCUAUAGGCAGUGCCUAUAGCUUUAUACACAGCGCUAUCCAUCUAUAGGCAGUGCCUAUAGCUUUAUACACAGCGCUAUCCAUCUAUAGGCAGUGCCUAUAGCUUUAUACACAGCGCUAUCCAUCUAUAGACAGUGCCUAUAGCUUCAUACACAGCGCUAUCUAUCUAUAGACAGUGCCUAUAGCUUUAUAGAGCAGAGAAUCCCUCUAAUCUACUCCUCACUUUCACCACAAGACCACAGGAUCCUCCAUAUACUUUUUUUUUUUUUUUCCCCUCUUCAUCCGGAGGAAAUGACGGAGAUAUGUCUGCCUUUUGUCAAGUUUUGUCAGAUGUAGAUAACAUACUAAUGCAUAGUCCCCUUUUCUGUCUUAGUAUAUCUGUUGACUGUGUAUACAGUCGAUGUGAGUAUUUCAUAAAUAUUUUAUCUUCAUGAGAUAAUUUUGCAAGGGGAGGGGGUUACAGAGCAGUUUUAAAUAGGUGCCAUAGCUAUUUUAGCAUAGAUUUAUGGGAGGUCCUCCUGCCUGUACUGAAAUAUGUAUUAUAUGUGUGUGUAACUAUGUCGUACAGCUUCAUAUGUUUAAGUUAUAACAUGGUCUGACAGGAUGCACAGUCUGAUCAGUGUGCAGUGAGAUUUUCUCUGUAAAGCAGCAAACUAUUAUAAAUCGACCAGGGUAAAUAUCACAUUUAGACCAAAAUAACCUAGGUGGAAAGAAAAUAAUUAAGUCAGAUUUUACAUCCAUUUUGUGCCGAAAUUUAAAAUUCUUUGAUUCCAUAUUUAGUAAAUACAUGUAGGUAUCCAUUAAGUUUUUUUGCAUUUGGUAGUUUUAUGAUGUGUGUAUGUAGAGAUGAUAAACAAAGAUGGAUUAUAGAGGAGCGGAUACUCCUGUGAUAGUGUGAGGUCAAACUGAGAGUAACCAAUAGAGAAUGAUUAUUGAGAUUUGGUUCUGCAUUGUAACAAUGUACACAAUGUGUAGGCCAAACUGGGGCAAUUCUUUGAAGCGGUGAUAUGGUUGGAUCGGCUUUUUCGUUUUUUGUGUUUACAAUUGGUGAUGUCUAGUUUAAUAGUUUCAAUAGUAUUGUUUAUUUUUUUUCUCGGAAAACAUUGCCAACAAUUCUUUUGCAUGGUUUAUUUACUUAAAGGGGUAUGCCAGGCAAUAAUUGUCACUUGACUGCUUUGAAGUGGUCAUGGUGCUUGGAGUGUGUAUCUGCAGUAUUUCACUAUGUAACACCCCAUUGUUUAACCCCCCUUCUACUGGAGGUUUAAGUCCACCUCCGGCCGUGUUAUAAUUCUGGUUGGCUAAUGUGAAUUCUGUGCAUGUUUGGUGUCUACUAUAAACACAAACAGCCUGCUUGUGCCAGACAACCCCUUUUGUGCUGCUCAUAUCCUCCAUUUAUUCCAUCAUCUUAUAGAUUGGUGCGAUGUAUAAGGGAUGCUGAUGUCAGGCUGACUUGUAAAACUGAGUACAACCUACGUUUGAUACAGCAUCUUACAUAUUUAUCAGUGAAAAACCGUUCUUAUUGGCAAUGUUUUAGUCGAUUGCUGCUAUUCACAAAAAUACACUUUUCUAAAACUGCUCAUUUACUAAUUUUAAUUAAAGGGACACUAUAGUCAGCAGAACAACUACAGCUUAUUGAAUUUUAGUGAGUAGAAUCAUUACCUUCAGGGCUUUUGCUGUAAACACGGUCUUUUCUGAGAAAAUGCAGUGUUUACAUUACAGCCUAGUGAUCACUUCACUGGCCACUCAUCAGAUGGCUGUUAGAGAUCCUUCCUGGGUCAUGGCUGCCUAAAAUGCAUCCAAACAUUCAGUAUCUCCUCCCUCUGCAUGCAGACACUGAACUUUCCUCACAGAGAUUCAUUGAUUCAAUUCAUUUCUAUGAGGAGAUGCUGAUUGGCCAGGGUUGUGUUUGAAUUGUGCUGGCUCUGCCCCUGAUCUUCAUCUUUGUCAGUCUCAGCCAAUCCUAUGGGGAAGCACUGUGAUUGGAUCAGGCCACCACUUCUGAUGAUGUCAGCAUGCAGAUCUACAGCUUUUAGCUUGAAUACAGUAUGAUUCUGCUAUAUUUAUGGAGGCAUGAGGGGCCCAGGGGGGCUAGAUGGUGGUUUUAACACUAUAAGGUCAUGAAUACAUGUUUGUGUUCCUGAUCCUUUAAAUAACAUAAUUUUCAUAUAACUAAACUUUACAAUGUGGUUCCAUUUGUCACUGGUCUGAGCCUUUUUUCCUCCUCUUUUGUAACUUCCUCUCCACUGUUAUAAGCACGCCUAAAUCUGCAUUUAAUAGCUUCUGCAUGCUGAGUCUUGAAACUUUCAUGUGUCUUCAAAUUUGCCAUUAAACAGGAAAAACUGAGGUUCCACAGCCACACAUAUGGUGCAUUUUUGGUAAUAUAAAUAGAAAUGCAUGUUUAACCCUGCUGUCUAAUCCACAACUGUACGUGGUACGUCUUUCUGGGAAUAUAUAUAUAUAUAUAUAUAUUAAUGUUUAUCCCUGCAGGAUAUAUUUAUAUAAUGGUUAUUAAAAUGCAAUAUGUAUCAUUUUUAACACUUGAUACAAUGUCCAAUCCUAGCUGCCGUCACGAUUGAUGGCUGUGUGAUUCAGACAUCGAUCUAGGCCUCAGGGAUGUACAUUUGUACAUGUACGAGAGUACAGCACUGAGCAAUUUUUGCAAAAAGAGGUCGUGCUAGGCACACGUAUUCCAAAUGUUCUGUUUUUUUUCUAUGCAUUUUAAUGUAUCUUUUAAAUGUCACUAUUUAAUUUGUUUUAUAUUGACAAAUAACAGUGGUUAAAGGACACUAUAAGCACCCAGACCACUUCAGCACAUUGAAGUGGUAUAAGUGCAGUAUCCUUGUCUCCUGAACCCUACAAUGGUAAUUAUUGCAGUUUCCUGAGAAACUCCAAUAAUUACUUUGCAGGCUUAAGACUGCGUCUAGUGGUUGUCAAUGAGACAUCCACUAGAGGCACUUCCAGGUGGUUAGGCGACUUUUGGUCACCUAACUGACGCUGGAUAUCGUCAUGCUCUGCAAGAGGACAUCCAGCGUUGGGCAAUUCCCCAUAGGAAAGCAUUGCAGCAGGGAGCUAUAGUGCUAUAGUAUCCUUUUAAUAUUGACAGCACAAAUUAGUCUGCUUGGGCACCAUGGGAAGUGUAGUCUGCAAAACACUGCAGUGCUUAUCUUAGCUUUUACUGACAUAUGGCAUAUAACACAAACAAAACAAAUGAUUCUGCAUGCAAAAUGAACAUAUUUAUUUCCAAUCUGCUUCAACAGGUUUAUCUGAGCAGCCAGCGAUUCCCAUGAAGACUUUGAAAACAACAAAACACCAGUAUCUCAAUUUGAGAUUCCGACAAACAAUACAGAGAGGUUCCCUUUCCUUAUAUAAAACUAGAUGGAUGGGCCUCUCUGUUUAUCGUGGUUGUUAUAUCCACCUGAUAUAACUUUGUGAUAAGACUGACAAUGACUGCUUUAACAGCAGGUGAUAAUGGUAUUUGUGUCCUGAGUGAGAGAAAUGAUUCUAUAUAUUGUGAAAUUGUCACCCAAACUUUCUCUGUAAAGUCUGUAAGGUAUCGCUGAGAUGCUUUAUAGAUGUUUGUAGAAUUUAAGAGCCAUUGCUUUUUUGGUCCUCCAAAGUGGUGCAUCCAUAAACCUCAAACUCAACAAUGUUAAGGUGUAGAAGUGAAAUUUUUAGGAGACAUGUUCCCUUUGCUGGUGAAUUUUGUGAAUCCCCUGUUAAAAUGACUUUCAAUAGGAUUUUCAUGUAAUAAAAAAUGAAUACCUGGGCUAUGUUUUCUAAACAGCGACUUGUGAAUAACAGACAAAAGUAUUUGCAAAAUAAAUGCCACAAAAUUAAAUAAAAUUCUCCAGCUCAGCUCGAAAUGUAUCAUUCCUUGUAUCAUUUCUCCAUAAUUUCUAGUGUCUUGUAGUGUUUAAGUGGAUCGGUCACUUUUGGGGGUCCUUGCAUACUUUAAAAAAGACCCCUAAAAUUGACAUAUUUUAUGAUGUUUUGGUAGGUGAAGAGGGGAAGUUACCUGAAGCUGUACCUCAUAGCCUCCGUAGUCCUUGCUCUGCAAAUUGUCUUCAGCUCCUGGUUUCGCCUGCCAGGAGCCAUGUCAGUGCUAUGCUCUCGUGCAUGUGUAAGUGUACACCUCUGAGGUCUAUGGAGGCCCACUGAAGACUCUAUAGAUUGAUGUCUGAAUCCCACAGCCAUCAAUUGUGAUGGCUGUGGGAUUCACGUUUUGUCCCUUAUAUGUCUCAUGGUAUUUUAGGAUUGCCUUUGAAUUUCAGUGUAAUCCCAAACCAGUUAGGAUCAGUAUUUCAUAGAGUUUGUAUUUUUUGAAAUACUGAAAAGUGAAAGGGCCACUCGAGCACCAAAACACCUUUAGCUUAAUGAAGUGAUUUUGGUGGGUGGAUCAUCCCCCUAAAGUUUCAUUGCUCAAUUUUCUGCCAUUUAGAAAAUAAAAGGACAUUCCAGACCCUCUAAAGCUCUUUAGUUUGCUGAAAAUCUUUGUGUGAAGAGUGUGUCCUCUUUUGUCAUUUUACUAAAAGUGCAAAUUUGAUAAAUUAACCUUGUUGCACCCCCUCCGGUCUGUCAAUCAGACAACUGGUCCUGUAACAUUCUGUUUUUUUAGCUCAGUGGGGAUAAACGCAUGAGGCAGACACUGCUGUAGAGAGCACCUGCCUAGCAAUGACCGCUCAUUGAGUUACAUUGGGAAGUAUGUGAUUGGACAGCUACAGAAAGUCUGGCCUGUUUAAGAAAGGUAGGGCAUGCAAAGCCUUCUGACAAAAUCUUUUUACAUAUAACCCAAGGGGAAAAAAAUCAUAACUAAAUGCUUGCAUGUUGUCAUUGGUAGCAUAUCUACUAAACUGUGAUAAAAAAUAUAUAUAUUUAUUGAUUGUUUUUUAUUUAUUUUUUUUUUCAUUUGGGCAGUAGUGUAUUUUUAAAUCAUUUUGUUUAUGCAGUCCUAGUAACACCUCCCCUGGAACUGCAAUGUUUAACAUUGCAGCACUAGGUGCAAAAGCGACACUGCACCCAGACCACUUCAAUGAGCUGAAGUGAUCUGGGUGCCUACAGUGUCCCUUUAAUUCAAUGCAUCUCUAUGAUGAGAUGCUGAUUUUCUUAAAUUGGACAACAUACAAGCUUUAACUUUAAACUGGAUAACAUACAAGCCAGUAGGUUUACUCUAACCUGCUGGAAUAAUGCUCUAAACGUUUCUGCAGCUCCCUGCAAUUCAACAGGGUUACAAAGAAAUUGAUACAAUAAUGCUGUAGACUACUCGUAAUAACAAAAGUAUAUACUGUACUAAUACAGAAAAAGCUGAUGUCAAGGUGUGUUUACCUUUUUACCAUAAUGGUCAUAAAACCUAACAAUGUUUGUACAGUGAGGUGAACUUGUUCAAAUGUUUCUCCAGCUUCGUGUAAGAACCAUGCUUUUAGUCUUUACUUCCGGAGACAGACAACAGGAAGUGAACAGUACAAAUAAAAAAUAGCCCACCCCAUGUAUGAAAAGACUUAUGAUUAUCUGAUUUUCUUACGUGUAAAGUAUACCUUUAUUUUAGCUGCAUUUUUAUUUAAGAUUUGAUUUUCAUACCAAUGCAAUGAUAUUCCUAAAAAUCAUCAAACGUUCUUUGUAUUUACAACAGUGUGGUAAAUUGAACCUGCAAAGCUGAAUUUGUCAGCUUGUUUGCAGCUUUUUCAAUGCAGCAGCCCAGCCUUAUUAGCAGUGUGUCACGAACAUACCCAACCCCCCCCCUCCAGUUUGCUCUGAUAGCAUCACUCCCACUAGCCAGAUCUGAGUGGGCUCAGAUUUGAUGUUUAGAAAGCUAUUUUCAGUUCUCGGGAAUCUGAAAAGUGACAGAGCUGCUUUGUAAACCUGCUGUGUCUAAACCAGUGACGAUUAACCUUGGCACAGAACUGUUUCCCAUGGUCCUCAGUCAGUAAAAACAUUUCUGGGAUACAAACGUUAGCCAUCACUGGUCUAAAUUCCCAGUAUCCCAUGCGAGUGCUUGUAAAAUCUCGUUUGACCAUCCAACAAGUGAUAUUUUUUUUGUGUCCCAACAUUUUCCAUAUUCUUCAUGUGGACAUAAAUCGGUUUACCUCCCAUAUAUAAGUAUAAGAAAUCAUUUAAAUUUUCAUGCUGAUAGGCAAUACAUGAAGUGUUACUCUAUUCUUAUUAUUAUUAUUUUCGCCAUUUAUAUAGUGCCAACAAAUUCCGUAGCGCUUUACAAUAUUAUGAGUGGGGGAUUUAACUAUAAAUAGGACAAUUGCAAGAAAACUUACAGGAACGAUAGGUUGAAGAGGGCUCUGCUCAAACGAGUUUACAGUCUAUACGAGGUGGGGUGUAAAACACAUUAGGAAAGGAAAUGGCAAUCAAAUAAGGUGGGAGUGAAGCAGAGCUGGAGGAGAGAGUAAAGUGCUGCCCUUUAAGAGAGGGCAAGAGACCGGUAUGUGAGAUCUGUUGUAUGUAUAAUACACAUGUUGGCGAAGGAAAAUCGAAAAAGUAGGCUAGGCCUUUCAUUAUUUUGAUCUCUAUUGUGAAUGUUUUAAUUGGUUUACCUCUUGUGCCUUAUGUACAACAAGGCAGCACUUUUCAUUUGCUCCCCAUCACAAUAAAAACAUUAUGUGAUCAGGAGAAAAUUAUGGAUCUGUCAAACUUUGGCUUAUGGUGAAUGGUUAGAUUUGUUUAUCGAGUGUGAAAAGUCCUAUAUGUUUUAUUAUGUAAUGUGGACUUUUGUGACUUUUUAGUUAAAGGAAUACUCCAGACACAAGCUGUAUUGGUUAUGGUAGACCAACACUACCAUAAACCGGUGCUUCCAAUUGUAAAUUGUCAAGUAACAGCUUUACUUCUUACCUGGGGUCUGCCAGACGCAGCUCCAGCCUCAUCUCCAUUACAAGUAAAGCUGAUUAUGAGCUUCCAUUAGCUUUCUUGAGUAAAGCUCAGCAGUUCAGGGCCAACUCAUUGGCUAAGUGUCAACUGAUUGCUUUCAGUCAAUGAGCUAAGCUCAGUACCACUGGGCUUAGCUUAGGCAGAGACCUUCCAUCUCUCCUGUAGGGUGCCCAGCAGACUUCAAGUAAGAAGUCAAACCUAAAAUGGGAAAACAUACGGACAUUUGAGACACAACAAUCACUACAGUGAAUUUUAGUGGCUAUGGUGCUUGAGGUGUUUAUUAAUUUGGGCUCCUCCUUUCAUUAAUAACUAGCCUUUAUAUCUCUGGUAAAUGUGUGAUCCUGCGGUAUUGAAAUAUUUUAUCCACUUCUUUGGAAUAAGCAAUUUAUGAAUGGCUUUUGACUUGACUUGGACACAAUGUCCACAGAAACCUGACUUUAAAGGACCACUAUAGUGCCAGGAAAACAUACUCGUUUUCCUGGCACUAUAGUGCCCUGAGGGUGCCCCCACCCUCAGGGACCCCCUCCCGCCCGGCUCUGGAAGGGGAAAGGGGUAAAAACUUACCUUUUUCCAGCGCUGGGCGGAGAGCUCUCCUCCUUCUCUCCUCCUCCGUUCCUCCUCCUGGGCUGAAUGCGCACGCGCGGCAAGAGCUGCGCGCGCAUUCAGCCCGUCGCAUAGGAAAGCAUUUGCAAUGCUUUCCUAUGGACGCUUGCGUGCUCUCACUGUGAAAAUCACAGUGAGAUGCACGCAAGCGCCUCUAGUGGCUGUCAAUGAGACAGCCACUAGAGGAUUAGGGGGAAGGCUUAACCCAUUCAUAAACAUAGCAGUUUCUCGGAAACUGCUAUGUUUAUAAAAAAAUGGGUUAACCCUAGAAGGACCUGGCACCCAGACCACUUCAUUAAGCUGAAGUGGUCUGGGUGUCUAGAGUGGUCCUUUAAGCAUUGUGCAGAGUUGAAAAAAGUGGUUAGUAUUUUGUUACAAUGUUUGAUCUUUUUAGAAUAUUCCCACCGCUUCAUCUGAUCUACUAAGGCUUUUUGUUUGUCUUUUAAAAGCAGUCAGUAGUAGUGGGCAGCUGUGUGUUGUACCAACAGGUAAUGUAUUAAGGACUAUUCAUGAACACUGAAUUGACCACGUUGAAAAAUUUAGUUCAAGGUAACAGAGUUGGGAAACAACCAAAAACUUGUUUUUUGCCCUAAAUGCUUACAUUUUGCAAUUCUGUGUUUCACGUUCAGUGUAGAAGUUAUUUGUUGGUAACCAUAUAAAUUUUUUAAAUGUAGCUUCUACAGUGUAAGGAAUACAAAGCUGUAAUACAGUAUAGAUCCCUGAGGUUGCCUGAACCUACAUUUAGUUCUGUCGAACAGACCCGUACCCCCUGUUCGGGAAACAAACACAACUUGUGUGGUCCCCCGCUUUAUUGACUUAGAACACUGACCACCCCUGGCUGUUAACUGCAAUUAAAGGAUUAACUAGAGUGCUUUCCCUGGGUGGCUACCAUUUUGUCUCCCGAACACAGGCAGCAUGCAUGGAACUCAUUUCGGUUACACGUUCUUGCGAACCCCCGAUUUAAGAUGGUAUUGCUGCCUGUAUACUUUAGACGAACCACGUUCGGGAGAUAGGAUCUACCGACUGGGGGGAGUGUUCGCUACCUAAGAGCCAGGGGCAUCGUUCGUUGGUGUUCGUACAGGAACUCCCGCACGAAGACUGGCCACUGCCCUGGAUUCUCUGGAACUCUUUUGGGGGAUCACCUCGUGGCUGGCUGUUAAAAACUUCUCUCGAAUAGUAAUCCCGUUCCACCAAACCAAUCUAAGUGCUUGUCGGAUAUGUUGUGCGCUCAUUGGGGGUAUAAGAAUUGUGGGGUUCCUGUAAUGUUUUAUGCGGCAAAGUAUCCAAUGAUCUACUCGCUGCAAAAUCACGUGGUCAAUUCUCUAUCCUAAUUCUCCUUGACCUGUCUGCGGCUUUUGACACUGUUGAUCAUCAACAGCUUCUUUUUAUCCUCCGCAAUAUCGGUCUACAAGAUAUUGCUCUCUCCUGGUGCUCCUCCUACCUCUCCUAGCGCUCUUUCAGUGUUUCUUUCUCUGGCUCUGCUUCUUCUCCCCAACUCCUCUCUUUUGGUGUCUCCCAAGGUUCAGUCCUUGGUCCCCUACUGUUCUCCAUCUAUAUUGCCUCCCUUGGUAAACUCAUUAGCUCCUUUGGCUUCCAGUAUCAUUUCUAUGCAGAUGACACGCAAAUCUACCUGUCCUCUCCUGAUCUCUCCCCGUCCCUCUUGACUAGUGUCUCUGACUGCCUCUCUGCUGUUUCUAACUGGAUGGCUGCCCACUUCCUUAAACUAAACUUGACCAAAACUUAAAUUCUGGUCUUUCCUCCCUCAAGUGUUGUUACUCCUGUGUCUGUCUCCCUCCAAGUCAACGGUGCUACCAUCAGCUCCACCACGCAGGCUCGCUGCCUAGGUGUUCUCUUUGACUCCGACCUCUCCUUCAAGCCUCAUGUUCAAUCUAUCGCCAAAUCCUGUCAUUUCCAUCUCAAAAACAUUGCGCACAUCCGCCCCUACUUAACGCCAGAUGCGACUAAGGUGUUGGUCCAUUCCACUGUCCUUUCUCGCCUUGACUACUGUAAUCCGCUUCUCAGUGGUCUUACGUGCUCCCAACUUGCGCCGUUACAGUCCAUAAUGAAUGCGGCAGCGAGGCUCAUCUUCCUGUCCACCCGCACCUCCCAUCCCUUACCCUUCUGUCAGUUCCUACAUUGGCUUACUAUAAAAUAUAGAGCUCAAUUUAAAAUUCUGGUUCUUGCUUUCAAAUCUCUACAUAAUGCUGCUCCCACCUAUCUAUCCUCCCUUAUACACAAGUAUGUCAGGUCUAGGCCCUUACGAUCUGCUGAAGACUUACCUCUAUCUUCUGACCGUACUCCCACCUCUGAUGCUCGCCUUCAAGAUUUCUUGAGGGCUGCACUGUUCCUGUGGAACUCGCUUCCCUCCUCCGUUAGAUGCUCACCCAGUCUCCACUCCUUCAUAAAAUCGUUAAAAACCCACUUCUUCAUAAAAGCAUAUCAAUAGUCAAUUAAAGUGACUAUAGUCACCUGAACAACUUUAGCUUAAUGAAGCACCUGCAGCCUCACUGCUCAAUCCUCUGCCAUUUAGGAGUUAAAUCCCUUUGUUUAUGAACCCUAGUCACACCUCCCUGCAUGUGACUUGCACAGCCUUCCAUAAACACUUCCUGUAAAAGCUUUCUUUAUUGCAAGUUCUGUUUAAUUGAGAUUUUCUUAUCCCCUGCUAUGUUAAUAGCUUGCUAGACCCUGCAAGAGCCUCCUGUAUGUGAUAAAAGUUCAAUUUAGAGAUUGAGAUACAAUUAUUUAAGGUAAAUUACAUCUGUUUGAAAGUGAAACCAGUUUUUUUUUUUCAUGCAGGCUCUGUCAAUCAUAGCCAGGGGAGGUAUGGCUAGGGCUGCAUAAACAGAAACAAAGUGAUUUAACUCCUAAAUGACAGUGAAUUGAGCAGUGAAAUUGCAGGGGAAUGAUCUAUACACUAAAACUGCUUUAUUUAGCUAAAGUAAUUUAGGUGACUAUAGUGUUCCUUUAAACUGUUAAUAGCUCCUGACUGAUUCCUCUUAUGCAACUGUCACUAGUCUAAUACUAUCCUUACCUUUUUGUGUCAUUUUACCCCACUCCCUCUAGCAUGUAAGCUCAUUGAGCAAGGCUCUCAACCCCUCUGUUCCUGUGCGUCCAACUUUUCUGGUUACAACUACAUGUCUGUUCAUCCACCCAUUGUAAAGCGCUGCGGAAUUUGGCACUAUAUAAAUAACAUAAUAAUAAUUAUUAUUAUUUUUGGGGUGUUUUGUGAUAUUUUCUGUAUUCCUUGUAACUGAGCGAUAAUUGAGUUAUCAUAUUUCCUAGCACAAUUAUCUCUCAGACCCAGAGACUCUUGGGGAAAACCCCUGUAAACUGCUGAAGAGAUCCCAUACUAUGGGGUUGUGCAUAAAAAGCUGUGUGUGGGCUAAUAAAAAUCAGUUGACUCCAAGAACUGUGUGCCGUCCAGUUACUAGGGGAAUGGGUUAUAACCACUGAACAGCGUUUUUCAGCUUCCAAGGAUUCCAGCGGAGAUCUUGUAUCUUAGGAUUGCAGCUCUGCUACUGAUCCCUCUUCCCAUCCCCCUCCUGCACAGAAGGGGUUAAAAAAAACCUUUUAACACAAUUCUGACUCUGGGACUGUGCCCUGCCUCCUCCGUCAGGGGGUGGGGGGAGCGAAUGCCGCAAGUCCAUUAAGCCCACCCCUUAGGAAAGGAUUGCUUUAAUUCUUUUCUACAGGGAUUUAUGGAAGCUGGAUGUCCUCAUGCAGAGCGUGAUGAUGUCCAGCGUCAGGGGGUCAAAAAUCGUCUUGCCACCAGGAAGUGCCUCUAGUUACUGUCUGACAGCCACUAAAGGCAGUCUUAGUCCUGCAAUGUAAUCAUUGCAGUUUCUAAAAAACUGCAGUGAUUUAAUUUGCACCCAGACCACUUCAAUAAGCUGAAGUGCUCUGGGUGACUAUAGUGUCCAUAAUAUAUAGUAAACUGCAUUCUACAAUUUUUUAGACACUGCAUUGUAUAAGAGGAGUCUCUAACCGGGAAAAGCAGCGACAGUGUGAGAAACUCUUUUUGUUUGGGGACCUGAUGAGCAUGAAGUUUCUUCCCAACCACACGGACCCAGCUCUGCAUCUUAAACCAUAUGUUAAGAACAAUUGAUUUAGUGAAUACAUGUAUGGGUUUCUGAUUUUACCAAAAUUUUGCAAUAUUGCACCAUCCUUGUUAUGGAGUGUCCCACUUCUGUUCUGCAAGUUGCUGGCCUGAACCAGCUGUGGAAGUCACAGAAGGAACUUGAAGCUCUGUAACUGACCACAUGACAAUGUUACUUUUUGCAAGUCACUGUGUCACUAGUCUGGAAACUAAAUUAGCCUGUAAGUCAUCACAAAGGGAAGUGAUCAGGAAAGAAGCUAUGUUUAACAUAAAUAUUACUUCUGAUUCCUUAAAACAUCUUGGGGAUUGUAGUUGUAAAACAGCUGUCUCUCUCUAUGGGGCAUAUUCCUUCUUGAGUGAUUUUAAAGAAACACUCCGGGUACCACAACCUCUGCAACACCCUGCAGUGGUCAUAGUGCCAGGAGUGUCCUGGUGGAUCGACAUUGUAAGUAGUCAAAUCUGUUGCUAAUGACUUGACUUCUUAGCUGGCGGCCUCUGACUGCCUGAGCUAAACCCAGCAAUGCAGGUGCUAGCUUGUUGUCUGAAAUGCUCAGCUAAUGCUCUCAGCCAAUGAGCUAGCCCUGCUGUGCAGUGAUCUUCUAGCUCUCAUUACAAGAAGUGGAGCGUCAGGGACUGGAGGUUAGUAAAAUACUUACCUAGGGGCUUCCAGGGCACUUCCGACACCAUAACCAUUACAACAUGCUGUGGUUAUGGCGCUUAGAGUUCCUUUCAUAAAUGCCAGCCAUAUAGCUUAAAGGGACACUAUUGGGUCUAUAACCAUUUUAUCUGAUUGAAUUGGUUAUAGUGUCUGCAGUCAUCUUUCACUCUCCCUCUAUUGCUAAACCAUUUUUAAGGAAUAAAAAAUAAUAUACACAGGCCUCCACUGGAGGUAAUACUAAGGCACAGACUACACACUUUCUAGUCAUACUGAUGCCGACCAAUUGCUGCUCAGAUUAAAACUUGCUUAUUAGCCCAAGCAGCACAGAGGAAAUGGGCUGCUAGGCACUUUUGUUUAUCAUUUAUAAUGGCUGAAACGAAUACCAUAGCGUUAACAAUACAAACCUGUAGUCAUAGGGCUAUAGUGCCCCGUCCCUAGUUAUAUGCAGAUCAUCUCUCACCCCCCCAUGUGCAAUAAACAUUAAAAAAAAAAAAAUACGUUGUACUUAACUUUUCCCAGGCAUGGCUUCUUCCAGGGAUGGUCAAAUCCAAUGCUCUUUAUAUAGGAGAAUUGAGGACCUGACUCGUUUUGACCUUGGGCACAUCUAAGCUUCUCCAUAAGAAAGCACUGUAUUCAGUGCUUUCCUAUGAGCUUCCGUAUCACAUGACUGAGUUUUACACGGCCAGAGCAGCAGAAGAGCCUCUAGUGGCUGUCAGGAAGAUGGUUAAAUCCACUAGAGCUGGAUUUAACCAUUCAAUGUAAACAUUGCAGUUUCUGCAAAGAAAAAAAAACCAGUGCAGUGUUUAAAGGACAGGACCACUACACCCAUACCACUUCAUUGAAAUGAAGCGGUGUGUCUGACGUUUAUAUUUCUGCCUAGUAAUACCUCUUGUGGCAGUCACUCAGAAGGCCACUUGAGAUACAUCUUAGUCUAGUGCAUUACAACCUAUGGGUACCUCCAGUGGCCACUCCUCAGAGGACCACUGGAGGUUCAUUAUGGGUCAGUGCAGCACUGACAUCUCUGCAUGGAGGUGCUGAAUGUUCCCCAUAGAGAUGCAGUAAUUCAGUUCAUCUCUAUGAGAAGAUGCUAAUUGGCACAGCGUAGUAUUUUGCCAAUCAAGCAGAUGAGGAAAGCCUUCCAGUAAAAGGGAUUUAUUACAUUUAAAACAAUCAAUAAAUAAAAACAAAUACUGAAGAAUAUCAGGGCAAAGCUUUCCUCCUUUUUAAUUGCAAAUAUUUUACAAUCUCAUACAGUAGGUCUAUUCUUCUUCUAUAGCUUUUCCUGACUUUGGCUAGUCCUACUUUUAAUUCAGUAAUUUUAUUAAUCCAUGGACACCUGUGCAAAAUAUCAUGAUUUCAAUCUGAGGAGCGCAAGCAUGGCUAGUGUGAUUUUAUGGGGAUUUUGCGGUGGUCCUCAGAAACAGUACUCAGAGUAUGAACAUGGUACAGCAGGAGAGAAUCUGAAAUAAAUUAUUAUUACUAAUGGUAUAUGUAAAUGCGACUUAUAAAAAAACAUAACAAGUCUGUAAUCUUUCCAAUACACGCAUUUACUCAGCAUGAAAAACCCUGUAUGAUCCUAUUGGUCCUACUAAUUAGUCACAAAUUGACACCACAAAUCAAAUUUGGACAUAUUUCUCUCAACAGUUUACUUCUCUGUAACUCCAUUUCCGAGGUCUAGUAAGGUUUGAUAUUUAAAACCAUAUUUAGCUAUAGUUGUGCUCAUUUUUCCUCUUCUUUGAUCUCCUUAUCUGUCACUGUCUCUCUGUAGAGAAGACAGAUUUAAAGCCACCAGCCUUUCUGGUGUUAUUUUGCAAUGUGUCAUGAACUACCAGCUGUGACUGUCAGGGUCACCUCUUAUGAGCCACAGGCUAUUUCUAUUACCGUAUAUAUUGUGUAUCCUAGAGACUUAAUGUGUUUUUGUGUCUCUGUCACAAGGUAUUUGUAAAAACAUUCACCAGGGAGGGGAUGUACCUAGAAAGAGAGGGCCUUGGGUGCUAUGAUUGGACUUAAAUCACCCGGCUUUAUUCUAACACUCCAUGCUGUACCAUAGAGUUGCUCUGAUGUAAGACCAGUGCCCUGUUUGUCAUGGUAUUAAAUUUACAUACUGCUACAUGACUUCUUUGCUCCCCCCUCCCCUCCUUGCCAAAGCCUCAGCUAUAUUUGGGAGUUUUAGCUGACGGGAUGGUGAUCAAGUUUAGCAUAUGCCCUCAUACAUAAUUCUCAUUUUGAAGCUGAUCUGCGGCAAGAGUUCUGCCUCUGCUCUUCAGAGUCUCAGUGAAGUGUUUGGUGUUUUUCGAAUUGUAUUUUCCUUUGAUAGCCGACUCACCGGUAUGUUCUUGGUUCUUAUAGCUACACCGGAACUGAAAGAUUUCUUUGCAAAGGCACGCAAUGGAUCUAUACGGCUCAUUAAAGUGGUCAUUGAAGAAGGUGAGUUGUGACUGAUGAGAUUGUGGUUUUGUGUACAAAGGUCUAAAAACAGAAUUAGAACAUGGAAUUAUAGUUAUUAACCAUUGAAGAAGUGAUAUCUGCACUAUGUAUAAACGUGGUAGCUGCAGGAAUAUACGUUUCGUGAGGAUUAUUCGCUGAACCGGAAAUUAAGGAGAAUUGCAAGCGAAAUGAAAUUUUAAGGCCAAAGUUUUUUCCAAUUUGACUUUUUUAGCAUAAAAUUUUAAAUUUCCUUCUCAAUUAUCCAUAAUUCCUGGUGUGAAUAAAUCCUUGUGUGAACAGAAGUUCAAAUAUAGAGUUUAAAUGUACAAAAUGCAGUUUCAUAUAUGUAAUACAUUUAAGUAAAAAAAGUUUAUUCAUAUUUUUGUGAGAUUCUAUUCAUGAAAAACCAACAGAUGCCUUGGUACACUGAGGAAUACAAGUUUGUCUCUUUUAGUCUUUUUCCCUUUGGGAAGGAGGCUAGUGAAUUUAUCAGAAUUGUUACCUACUGGAACGGUUUUAAGAUCCUCAUUGCUAAUAUACUAAUGCAUUUAAUCAUUGCCUUGUUUUACAUUGUUUCAUUUAAAACAGACAGCCUUGCCAGAUUUAUUUUUAAAGUGUGCCACCAGAUCUCCAAAUGUAAUAUAUAAGGGUUGGGAAAAGAAUGAUGUAAUAAGUAAACUAUUCUUUGGGAUAUUUUCCCUAUAUUGGGGAUUGUCAGCAUAAUUCAGCUUGUAUACCAAAUAUUGCCAAGUUAGAAAAAAAUAAUAAUAAUCAGAAUUCACGUUUUAUAAGACUAUUUUGUCUAAAAUCUGCUGUUCCUUCGUGAAUUCUCUACCUAGUUUGUUAAAUACACCCUACAUGAGUAAAUGUAUUCAUAUACUGACUAGAAGAUAUUUGUUAAAUCCUGUUUUCAGUAACCACCCUGUUUGGGGAUGCGUUUUUUUAUUUUUAUUUUUCUAUGCCAACAUAUUUAGUAUUAUUCCUGCUUUAUCUCAUUAUUGUUCUUCCUGUUCAACUUGUUAACAUUUCCAUUGUUUUGAUUAAAGCAUUAGGCCUGCUGAUUUAACAGAUUCUCCUAAGCUCCCCCUAUUGCUGCUUUUAUGACAAUGAGAUUGUCACUUUUUUGUUUAAAAAAAUAAAAUAAAAAAAAAACAACAAAUCUUUAAUUUCAAAGAGACAAAAACCCUCUGUACCUUGAAGAAAGUAUGUUUUAAAGAAAAUAGUCUCACCUUCCAGUAUGUCCAGUCUCUACAUUUCAAAACUUAUUUUACACCAUUGGAAUGUGUAAAAGUAGACAGAGAAGGCAUAUGCAGAUGUGUCUGAGGGCUAUCUGAGAGGGUAAAUUUUGUUAUUGGGGUAAAUAUUUUCUAGAAAGCCGAGCCAAAAGCCAGCUCAUGGAAAAUCUUUGUGAGACGGUCUGGAAUGUGCCUGCUUAGAAUAGCAAAGCGGGUGAUAAACACAUUGACCAUUUCUACACAGGGAGACAGAGCAUAUCAGCUGCUCCUGGGAACAGACUCCAUGAACAGUAUUGCAAGGUCACUUGCACUAUGUACCAUUUCUUGCCCUCUUGACCUUAGAGAUAGAAGAGAUUUUCCUGAUAUUCUUCUUUGAGUAUCUUGGCUUGUCUGUUCUUUUAUCAAACAUGUCCCCAAGAAUAGAAUUUAAGGACUUUCACCACCACAGUAAGCAAAAUUCACCUGUGGUUUUUGAAACUCUGGCCUGUGGAUGGGUCAUGUAGACAGAAGUGAAAUACAACACUUUAAUCCCUUAAGGACCAUUUAAAAAAAUGUUUUAUUGCCAUUGUGCUGCCAAUUUAUCACUAACUCAGUUCAAUGAUAAAACCAGCUGAAUUACAGAAAAAAAACUUUCUUCAGUUACUUGUUGCCGCAACUCCAGUACCACAGGGGAUUUGAAUAUGUAACACAACGUGGACACUUACAUGAUUAAAUGUAUCCCAGAUCCUAAUAUUGCUGCUGGAUUAAUCCCAUAUGUAGAAAUCACCAAAGCCAGCCAAACCAUUCUCGCUCAUAAGGAUCUCAGAAUAAUCCACAAGUUAGACCAUGGAAGGUGCAUACUUUAUUGUAAAUAAAAUAGUUAACAACAUUCCAUAAAUAUAUGGGAAGACCUCAUAGGUAACAGGCACUCCAAAAUCUUUAAACACAUGUCAAUUAAUUCAGAGUCCAGUGUUUGCAAAAUACAAAAAAAUGCAAUAAAAGGAAAUACCUGCACCUGCCAAAGGGGGUGGGGGGUCAUGGGACAAAAAUAUGAAAAAACUUACAGUAACUCUGGACUUGUUUUGCGCUUUUCUUGACGCUUUAUCAACAUUAUUCAGCCGUGAUUUAAAAGACCAUUUUAGGAAUUAAACCCUUUUUUGUAUCAGUAAUGUCCCCUACACAACUCUUGAUCUACGCAGAUUGAUUAAAAUUAAAAAACAGCAGAUUUCUAAUUGUUGCUACAUACCUCUCCCAUACUAUUUCUGGACCUCACUAAUAUAAUUUCCCUUUCUCUCUACUACCACCUAUUAAUUCCCCUGUAUAUUCAGACGCUAGCCACCAUCCCUUCCUUUAUUUUAAUACUCUUUUCCAUUUGCACUGCCUUCUAACCAAUUUGUUUACGUGGUCAUUUAUUUCAUUUGUGGAUUCCCUUCCAUUUUCCCCUUCAAACUUGCAGGAUUAUGCAAUCGGCAGUUAGCUAUCCUCAUUGGGUACCCCAGGACACAGCUGCAAUUGCCUGAGUGUGUGCCUCACUGUCAGCUGCUUCUAUGACAGACCUAAGGUCCCAAAAACCUUACUGUGUUGGCUUUCACGUGUGCAAAGUUACAGCUGCCAACUUAUAGGUUUAUAUAUUUUGGGUGACGGUGCUAUGUCUGUUUUAUUUAGGUGUCUAGAUGUGGCUAUGUUGUCAGUAUAAUGAUUUUCAGUUUUUUGCCUGCCUGCAGAACAGCUGAUGUUAGGAGCUCAUAAAGAACUCCGGCUAAACUGGGACCAAGAUUAUGAUGCACUGGUGCUCCCGUUGCUAGAUGAGACUGAGCCGUGUUAUAUCCUCUAUCGCCUUGACAGCCAGAAUGCCCAGGGAUAUGAAUGGCUUUUCUUGUCAUGGUCACCUGAUAACUCCCCGGUAAGAUGAAUUGUUCCAUUUCUAUAACAUUAAAAUGAUCCCCUAUUUUUGAAUAAUGCCCAAAACCACAGCACUCUUGCACUGUAAUAGUGAUGGCUAAAACUGAUAUGACUGAUGUUUCAGAAUUCUAGUUUCAGAAUUUCUGGUUUUUGCUGAUUGAGCAUUGUGAAACACCACCGCACUAUACAAAACACUUUUAUAUUUGCCAAAGACUGUGGCCCAUAUUUAUUAUUAUAUUUUAUUUCUGAAGUGCCACCACAUUCCACAGUAUUGUUUAUGGCUACAAAUAGUACAAGUAGACAUACAAAGUUAUAGUACACCUGAGACAAUAUAACAUUUAACAAAUGAAUACAGGAAAAGUUGAAAGCGUUAUUCCUGUGGGUACUUUUAUAUGGUACGAGGGGUGAGUAACACGAGGUGGGCCUGCAAAGGUGAGGAAGAUGUUAAUACAGAGUAAGAUGAGGGCAUUUAUUGGUUAAGUGGGAAUGCAUUACUUGCCGGGUUGAGUGGUAGGCUUCCCUGAACAAGAAUGUCUUUAGUGAGUGCUUAAAGGAUGGCAAGCUAGGGGAAUAUCCAACAGAGCAGGGAAGUGCGUCCCAGGGGUUUGCUGCCGCACACGAAAAAAUCCUGCAGUCUAACAUGGGGAGAGGUUAUAAUCAAAGAUACAAGUUGGAGGUCAUUGUUUGAUCUCAGGGGACGAUGGGCUGGAGUAUAUUUGGGAUUAGUGAAGACUUAUGUGGGGAGCAGUAUUAGUAGGGGAAUUUUAGUGAGGACAACUAGUGGAUAGCAACGUUAGAAAGGGCUUUAUGUCAGUGUGAGAAUUUUGAAAUUGGUCCAGCUGUGCAUGGGAAGCUAGUGAAACGUUUUACAGAGAGGUGCAGCAGGUAUGGAACAAUGGGUAAAGUGAAUGAGCCUGGCAAAAGCAUUCAGGCUAGACUGAAGAAGGGGGAAGCGGCAUUGAAGAAGGCCAGUUAGUAGGUUAUUUCAGUAGUCAUGACAAUACAUUCAAAGGGAUUGGAUGAGUUGCUUAGUGGUGUCGGCGCUCAGAAAGAGACUCAUUUUGGCUAUAUUGCGUAGAUGGUUAAGAAUUUUUUUUUGUGAACCCAAGAGAGAGCAGUGUGGCAGAGGCCAAAAUAAAAGUCUGUAGGAGGAGAGGGAAAUCAACUGUGUCGAAGGCAGCUGAGAGGUCAAGUAACAUGAGAAUAGAUUAGUGGCCAGUGUUUUUAGCAGAAAGAAGGUUUGUAACCUUGGUGAGGGCAGUUUCAGUUGCGUGUUGGGGACAGAAGCCAGAUUACAGAGGAUCAAGCAGGGAGUUGGAGGUCAGGAAGUGAGUUAAGUAGUUGUCAACUAGUUUUUCCAGGAAUUUAAAUGUUAAUGCAAGCAAUUUUCAGAAAUAUUACCUGUGCCGCGCGCUACAACAGAAAGGCAGCGGGAGAUUAGAGAGGUCAAUGCGUGGCUGAAGUCUUGGUGCAGGAAAGAGGGUUUGGGGUUUUUAGAGCACUGGGAUGAUUUUGCGCUUGGGUACAAUCUGUAUAGUCGUGAUGGAUUGCACCUAAAUGGAAGAGGGUCUGCUGUGCUGGGGGAUACGAUGGCUAGAAAGUUGGAGGAGAUUUUAAACUGGUAGUAGUGGGGAGGGUCAUAGCAAUCUAGAAAAUGGAGAUAGGAUAUGUGCUUUAUCUCCGUAUAAGGGGGGUGGAGAUGGCGGGACGGGAAAGCUCAAAACAGAGGAGGUAUGUAAUAUUGAUGAAAAUUCACAAAAAGUACAAAUGACUCAUGAUCAUAUUAAAUGUAUGUUUACUAAUGCAAGGAGCCUAUAUUACAAAAUGGGGGAACUAGAGACAAUAGCAUACACUAAUAAACAGUAUGAUAUAAUAGGCAUAACCGAAACAUGAUGGAUUGAGACACAUGACUGGGCAGUUAAAGGACCACUAUAGGCACCUAGACCACUUCAGUGGUCUGGGUGCCAGGACCCUCCAGCUUUAACCCUGCUGCUGAAAACAUGGCAGUUUCAGAGAAACUGCUAUGUUUACACUGAAGGUUAAUCCAGCUUCUAGUGGCUGUCUUGACAGCCACUAGAGGCCGCUUCCGCGAUUCUCACUGUGAAAAUCACAGUGAGAAGACGCUGGACGUCCAUAGGAAAGCAUUGAGUAAUGCUCUCCUAUGGGCUGGUUGAAUGCGCGCGCGGCUUUUGCCAUGCAUGCGCAUUUGACGAUGACGUCAGCAGGAGGAGGGGAGUUCCCCAGCGCUGGGGAGCCUGGCGCUGGAGAAAGGUAGUGGCACUUGUUUUCCUGGCACUAUAGUGGUCCUUUAACUUAAAUGGAUACACGUUAUUUAGGAAGGAUAGAAAAAACAAGAAGGGUGGUGGGGUAUGUUUGUAUGUUAACCAUGAGUUAAAGUCAAAUCUUAGGCAUGUGGAGUGUGACGAGGAAAAUGUGCAAGCUUUAUGGGUAGAUAUCUGCUUGGAGCAAACAAAGGGAAAUAAAUUAUUUGUUGGAAUAUGUUAUAAACCACCUAAUGUUAAUAUUAUUAUUAAUAAUAUGAGGAAGAACAGCUGUUAGAGCAAAUUGGGUAAGCUGCAAAUUGGGGUAACACUUUAAUUAUUGGAGAUUUUAAUUACCUGGACAUAAAUUGGGAUAGAGUGACUAGUAUUUCAGCAAGGGUAAUCAGGUUUUUGAAUGUGUUAAAUGACAUCUUCAUGUCACAACUGGUACAAACACCAACUAGAAAGGAUGCUUGUCUGGAUCUCAUUAUAACCAGCAAUGUUGAUCUUUUGACCAACAUUCAAGUCAGGGAGCAUUUGGGAAAUAGUGAUCACAAUAUGGUAAUUUUUAAAAUAAACUCAAAAAAGCGAAAAGCACAUGGGGUAUACUAAAACGUAUAAUUUUAAAACCGCAAAAUUCAAUAAGAUAAGGGCAGCUUUACAACAUAUCGACUGGCAUAAACUCCUUGAUGAAAAAAACACUGAGGGUAAAUGGAAACUAUUCAAACAAAUAUUAGAAAAGUACAUUUUUUACUAUGUACCAUUGGGUAAUAAAUAUAUAAAAAAAAAAAAAAAAUUGAAACAAAUGUGGCUUAGUAAAGAAAUAAAACAAGAGAUUGAAAAUAAGAAUAGGGCAUUUAAAGCAUUUAAAUCGGACAAAUCAGAGGCAUCCUAUAUAAGAUAUAAGGAAGCAAAUAAUGCUUGCAAAAAGGCAAUUAAAGUGGCUAAACUAGAAAUUGAUAGCCAAAGAAUGCAAAACCAACCCCAAACAUUUUUUUUUAAAGACUUCAAUUCUAAAAAAAAAUGAAAAAUGAAAGUGUAGGUACACUGUAAACAGAGAUCAGUCUGUUAGCUAAUGAAGACAAGGAAAAGGCAGAAAUUUUAAAUAACUAUUUUUUCUUCAGUAUAUAUUAAUGAGGAUCCUAUGGCAAGAGAUAUGCAAAUGAUUGCUGCAAAAAACUGGCAGAUAACUUGUGAUUGGAUGAUUCGAAACAAGGUGCUACAGCAGUUAAAGAAAAUUCAUAUAGAUAAAGCUCUGAGAUCUGAUGGUAUUCACCCACGAGUACUUAAGGAGCUAAGUGGGGAAAUAAGUGAACUUCUGUAUUUAAUUUUUCAAGAUUCUUUUGUUUCAGGUAUUGUACCAGAGGAUUGGAGGAAGGCAGAUGUCGUUCCUAUAUUUAAAAAGGGUUCAAAAUCCUUGCCUGGAAAUUAUAGACCUGUGAGCUUAAACUUCUGUGACUGGGAAAAUAGUUGAAGGGCUAUUAAGGGAUAAUAUUCAGGAAUUCAUUGGGAAGAACUUUGUUAGCAAUAAUCAGCAUGGUUUUAUGAAACAUAGGUCAUGUCAAACUAACCUAAUUGCAUUCUACAAAGAAGUAAGUAGAAGUAUAGAUCAGGGUGUUGCAGUGGAUGUGAUCUACUUGGAUUUUGCCAUUGCUUUUGAUACGGUUCCUCACAUUAGGUUAGUCUUCCAACUAAAAGAAAUUGGUCUAGAUGAUAAUUCUUGUUCUUGGGUAGAACAUUGGCUUAAGGAUACCUGUUCUAAAGAAUAUCAUGGCACUAUAAAAGUGCAGAGACGCGUUACAAAAUUGAUAAAAGGAAUGGAGCAUUUUAGUUAAGAAGAAAGGUUAAAAUGUUUUAAUUUCUUUAGUUUGGAAAAAUGGCGCCUCAGAGGGGAUAUGAUAACAUUAUACAAAUAUAUUCGGGGCCAGUACAAACCAUUACCUGGAAAUCUAUUCAUAAACAGGGCUAUACAUAGGACACAAGGUCACGCAUUUAGGCUGGAAGAAAGGAGAUUUCAUCUAAGGCAAAGAAAAUGUUUUUUUAACAGAGCAAUAAGGAUAUGGAAUUCUCUGUCUGAAAAGGUGGUUUUGUCAAAGUCAAUACAGAUGUUUAGACUGCAAUUGGAUAAAUACUUGCAAUAACAUACAGGGAUAUAAUUUCUAAUUAGUGGGGUAAUAGCUGCUUGAUCCAAGGAAACAUCUGACUGCUAUUUUGGUGUCAAGAAGGAAUUUAUUCCUAGUUUGUUGCAAAAUUGGAAGCGCUUCAGACUAGGUUUUUUGCCUUCUUUUGGAUCAACAGCAAAAACAUAUGUGAGGGAGGCUGAACUUGAGGGACGCAAGUCUCUUUUCAGCUAUGUAACUAUGUAAGCAGUAAUAUAUGGGGUAGUUUGUAGGAGAAUUAGGGUCAAAGGAGGGUUCCUUGAUCAUGGGAGUGACAUUUGCAUGUUUGAAAGAGGGUGGGACCAAACCAGUAGAAUGGGAUAGGUUGAAGAUGUGUGGGUGAAAGACAGAGAAGGCAUUAGAUGUUGAGGGAUAGGGUCAAGCAGACUUCUUUCUUGAAGCACAAAGUAAAGAACAAACUACAUCCUCUCUGGCUGGGGGGAAGAAGCAGAGAGUUGCAGUGGGGAUGAUUGGAGGUGGAACAUUGCAAGCUAGUGUUGUUUCGGAUAGUGUUUUUUUUUUUUUUUUCUCUUAAUGCUCUGCAAGGUCUUGAGCAAUUAUGUUUGAUAUGAGAUACAGUCAGGUUUUCUUGAGUUAAAUGUUUUUAGAUGUGUUCAUUUAGCCUUCCAACUUUUCAGUGGUGCGCAAUUGCAUAAGUCCUUUAGCAUGCUCCAUUGUGCCUUUUAACCUUGGUAGUGACUGCUACACUAUGAAUUCAGCAAUUUUUGAAACAUAAUCUUCUCUGGCUAAAUCAGUACUUUUAUUCAAGUGCUUGUUUGGUUUGUAUCUUUCUCAGUUUAUCUUCCCUUUUAGAAAAGUUUAGAUUUAUUUUUGUCUGCAAAAUGCGGACAAAGUAGAAUGAGGAUUGGAAGUGAGCCCACAAGCUUCAUAGAAACAGGCUUUAUUCACUAAAUUGAGAAGUGACAAUGGAGCCUGCAAAAUUUAGAGUAGAAUAUGUGAGCUUAAAGUGAAAAAAUUACCUUACCUGAAAUUGCUUCCAUAUACAUUGAAUACACCAUACAGUGAGGGAAAAAAAGUAUUUGCUCCCCUGCUGAUUUUGAACGCUUGCCCACUGACAAAGAAAUGAUCAGUCUAUAUUUUUAAUGGUAGGUGUAUUUUAACAGUGAGAGACAGAAAAACAAAAAACAGAAAAACGCAUGUCAAAAAAGUUAUGAAUUGAUAUGCAUGUCAAUGAGUGAAAUAAUUUUUUGACCCCUUCGACUUAGUACUUGGUGGCAAAACCCUUGUUGGCAAUCACAGAGGUCAGACAUUUAUUGUAGUUGGCCACCAGCUUUGCACACAUCUCAGGAGGGAUUUUGUCCAACUCUUUUUUGGAGAUCCUCUCCAAGUCAUUAAGCUUUUGAGGCUUACAUGUGGCAACUCGAACCUUCAGCUCCCUCCAGAGAUUAUCUAAGGGAUUAAGGUCUGGAGAAUGGCUAGGCCACUCCAGGACCUUAACGUGCUUCUUCUUGAGCCACUCCUUUGUUGCCUUGGCUGUGUGUUUUGGGACAUUGUCAUGCUGGAAUACCCAUCCACGACCCAUUUUCAAUGCCCUAGCUGAGGAGAAAGAGAUUCUCACCCAAGAUUUGACGUUACAUAGCCCCGUCCAUCGUCCCUUUGAUGCGGUGCAGUUGUCAGGUGCCCUUAGCAGAAAACCGCCCCUAAUGCAUAAUGUUUCCACCUCUAUGUUUGACGGUAAGGAUGAUUUUCUUGGGGUCAUAGGAAGCAUUUCUCCUCCAAACAAGGCGAGUUGAGUUGAUGCCAAAGAGCUCGAUUUCGGUCUCAUUAGAUCACAACACUUUCACCCAGUUCUCCUCUGAAUCAUUGGCAAACUUCAGACGGGCCUGUUCAUGUGCUUUCUUGAUUAGGGGGACCUUGCGGGUGCUGCAGGAUUUUAGUCCUUCACAGCGUAGUGUGUUACCAGUUUUUUUUUUCUUGGUGACUAUGGUCCCUGGUACCUUGAGAUCAUUAACAAGAUCCUCCUGUGUAGUUCUGGGCUCAUUUCUCACCGUUCUCAUGAUCAUUGAAACUACACGAGGUGAGAUCUUGCAUGGAGCACCAGACCGAGGGAGACUGACAGUUAUUUUGUGUUUCUUCCAUUUGCGAAUAAUCUCACCAACUGUUGUCACCUUCUCACGAGCUGCUUGGCGAUGGUCUUGUAGCCCAUUCCAGCCUUGUGUAGGUCUACAAUCUUGUCCCUGACAUCCUUGGAAAGCUCUUGGUCUGGGCCAUAGUGGAGAGUUUUGCAAUCUAAUUGAUUGAUUGCUUCUGUGAACAGGUGUCUUUUAUACAGGUAACGAGCUGAGAUUAGGAGCACUCCCUUUAAGAGAGUGCUCCUAAUUUCAUCUUGUUGCCUGUCUAGAGGCACCUGGGAGCCAGAAAUCUUGCUAAUUGGUUGGGGAUGAAAUAUUUAUUUUACUUAUUGACAUGCAAAUCAAUUCAUAACUUUUUUGACAAGCAUUUUUCUGGAUUUUGUUGUUAUUCUGUCUCUCACUGUUAAAAUACACCUACCAUUAAAAUUAUCUAUGUGGGGGGUUAAAGGUGUUUAAAAAAACAAAACACUUCUUACCUUUAAUGAAAAAUGGUAACGUGCGGCAACACUUCACACAGCUUGCUCGCGGGAGGACAGGGGAGCUGCUUCACAUACCCCUCCCGACACGGAAGCAGAGUAGGCGCCUGCCGUUUCGGGCAGACAGGUGCCUACUCUGCAUUGAUGGCGAACCUAAGGCCGCGUGCCGACAGAGAGGUUUGCCAUCACUGACCUAGGCUGACAAAAAGACUUGCAUCCAUCAAGUUCAGCCUUUCUCAUGUCUGUUUUUUCUGUUGAUUCAAUACAUUGGAGGGGUUUAUGAUGAAGCAAACCUGCCAUGACUGUUUCAUUUUAAAGGGACACUAUAGUCACCAGAACAACUACAGCUUAUUGUAUUCUUCUAGUUAGUAUAAUGAUUCCCUUGAGGCUUUUUUUCCUAUGGAAAAUCAUUGUGAUUGGCUGAGAGAAUCACUUCUGAUGAUGUCAGCCAAGCAGGCAGGUCAGAGGCAGAGCCAGCAGCAGACGACUGAACUAAAGGUUAGAUUUUACUACAUUUAGGGAGGGCCAGGGGAUGCUAGAUGGUGUUUGUAAACACUAUAGGGUCAGGAAUACAUGUUUGUGACCCUAUAUGGUUCCUUUAAGUUCUAAUUAGCCGGAAACAAUUAAAGCAAAAGAUGACGUGAAUAUUUUAUUUGUGGUGGUAUGGUCUAAUAAAUACCGGUAGGUGUGAAGUACUAUCAAAGGGGUUUCUUCAUUAGUGCAACAAAAACCUCUUUGUCAUCAAAUCUUUACCCUGUGACAGGAAUUAAAAUGAUUAUUUAUAAAACCACAUGUGCCACAGCUCUGCUCCGUGGAUAAAUAAAUCUACAUAAAAUUUAUGGCCACAGACAUAACUGAGAACAAUCUCUGCGGCAUGUUGUUGGACUCAUUCAUUAGUAAAGGUUAGCUGUUGUAAAGGGAGAGUGUCUCCUUUGCCCAACGUGUAUAAAAUAUUUUUAGCUCGGACCACAAUUAAUAUGUAUCCACAGGAUGAGGGUUUUGUGUUACUACUUGCAGAAUAUAAUGUUUUGUGCUUUCUGACAGGUGCGAUUGAAGAUGUUGUAUGCAGCUACACGAGCAACUGUGAAAAAAGAGUUUGGGGGCGGGCACAUUAAGGAUGAAAUCUUUGGAACGCUGAAGGUAUGUCAUUGAGUUUACUGUAUUUGUUUGAUUAGAAAAGAACAGUAAACUGCUUGAACAAUCAUGCAACCUAUACCUCAUUCGUGCCAAUUAUUUAAUUUAAAGGUAUAUUAAGCAAUGAGACAAACUCAUCCUAAGGACUUAUUCAAUAAACAGUGAAUUGUGGUGAUAUUUUAAAAAAUAAAAUGGAAAAAGUGAGACUCACAGCCCUAGCUGUGAUUUAAAGGGACACUAUAGUCAACAGAACAACUACAGCUUAUUGAGUUUGUUGUGGUAAGUAGAAUCAUUCCCUUCAGGCUUUUUUUGCUGUAAACACUGUCUUUUCAGAGAAAAUGCAGUGUUUACAUUACAGCCUAGGGAUACCUCCACUGGCCACUCUUCAGGUGGCUGCUAGAGGUGCUUCCUGCGGCAGUGCCACACUGCCAUUUAGUGUCUCCACUCUCUGCAUGGAGACACUAAACUUUCCUCAUGCAUUGAUUCAGUACAUCUUUAUGAGGAGAUGCUUAUUUUUCAGGGCUCUGUUUAGAUUGUGAUGCCUCCUUGACAAUAUCACUCAAUCCAAUGCUUUUGUAUACGAAUGCAUUGUAAUUGGCUAAGAUCACCACUUUUGAUGAUGUCCGUCAAGAAGGAAGAUCAUGGGCAGAGCUUGCAGCAGCAGACUGGAAUAAAGUUAAGAUUUUACCAUAUUUAGAGGAGCAGGAGUGGCAGAGGGGGUUAGAUAGUUGUUUGUGUUCCUGAC